GAUUUUGUCAAAGAAAAGAAACUUCUCGGGCCGUUCAACACCUAAGCUGUGCUUUUUUGUCCUUCAUUUGCAAAAUUUCAAUUUAUUUCCUGCGUUCAUAUUAAUCAGAUUUCGUUGUUGUAUUUUAACGAGUAUAAUUAGGAACUAUAAAGGUUUUACAUUUUCAGACGUGUUAACGUCAUCUUUUUCUUCCAAAAAAAAUGUCUUUAAUGUCAAUAAUAACUACAGUCUUACCCUAUUUUUUGCUCUGAUUUAUUCUCCUCCUCCUUCUUCUUCAUCUUCUUCUUUUAUAUACAUAUAAAUAUAAAUACUUUACAAUUUGGUUUUAAGCUUUUUAUUUUUAUUUUUUGUUGACCAGUCACAUGAGUAGACUUUGACUGGCCGUGAUCGGAGUAUUUCGAUGGGACAUUGCUGCAGUAAAGGUAUUUCCGGCGAUAAUGACGUCAGCAUCGUGACCGUAGCUGACGUCAACUCCGCCAACAACCGCCCUAAACCACCGCGUUCACCGUCACCUCAGGGUAACGGGACAACCAAUAACAGCACGCCAGCUCAGUCAUUUACGACGAGUCCAUUUCAAAGCCCGUAUCCAGCAGGAAUAGCGCCGUCACCGUCGCCGGUAGGAACACCGAGGAGGAAAUUCAAGUGGCCGUUUCCACCGCCAUCACCGGCGAAACCGAUAUUAUCGGCGAUCUUAAGAAGGAAUGGGACGAAGAAUAAAGAAGGGCCGAUACCUGAAGAUGAAGGUGGUGAAAGUGAAAGACAGCUUGAUAAAAGCUUUGGUUAUCCUAAGAAUUUGACGGCUAAGUAUGAGUUGGGUAAGGAGAUUGGAAGAGGGCAUUUUGGUCAUACUUGUUGGGCUAAAGGUAAAAAAGGUGAACUUAAAAAUCAGCCUGUGGCUGUCAAGAUCAUUUCCAAAGCUAAGAUGACAACAGCUAUAUCUAUUGAAGAUGUUCGCAGGGAGGUGAAGAUAUUGAAAGCCUUAUCUGGACAUCAGAAUCUGGUCAAGUAUUAUGAUGCAUUUGAGGAUGCCAACAAUGUCUACAUAGUAAUGGAGUUAUGCGAAGGCGGGGAGCUAUUGGACAGGAUUUUAUCAAGAGGCGGGAGAUACACAGAGGAGGAUGCCAAGAGUAUUGUGGUUCAAAUACUAAAUGUCGUCGCUUUUUGUCAUCUUCAAGGUGUGGUGCACCGCGAUCUGAAGCCCGAGAACUUUCUUUUUGCAAAGAAAGACGAGGACGCAAUGAAGGUUAUUGAUUUUGGUCUAUCAGACUUCAUUAGACCAGAUCAACGUCUUAAUGAUAUUGUUGGCAGUGCAUAUUAUGUUGCACCUGAAGUACUCCAUAGGUCCUACAGCAUUGAAGCAGAUAUGUGGAGUAUUGGUGUGAUAACGUAUAUCUUGUUAUGUGGAAGUAGACCUUUCUGGGCACGCACGGAGUCCGGCAUUUUUCGUUCUGUGUUAAGAGCUGAUCCUAAUUUUGAGGACUCGCCUUGGCCAUCAGUGUCGGCAGAGGCCAGAGAUUUUGUGAAAAGGCUUUUGAAUAAAGACCAUAGGAAGAGAAUGACUGCUUCUCAAGCACUGGCUCAUCCAUGGUUAAGGACUGAAAAUCCUUUUGUACCCUUAGACAUAUUGAUCUUUAAACUAGUCAAGUCUUAUACACGAACAUCACCCUUGAAACGUGCAGCACUGAAGGCUCUUUCAAAAGCAUUGACAGAAGAAGAGUUAAUAUACCUCAGGGCUCAAUUCAGUUUAUUGGAACCGAAAGCUGGUUGUGUGUCGCUCAAUAAUUUUAAGAUGGCACUUAUGAAACAAACGACUGAUGCCAUGAGGGAGGCCAGAGUUCCCGACAUCUUAAAUUUGCUGGAACCAUUAUCUUAUAAGCAAAUGGACUUUGAAGAGUUCUGUGCUGCUGCAAUUAGUACAUAUCAGCUUGAGGCUCUUGAAAACUGGGAGCAAAUUGCUAGUGCCGCUUUCGAUUAUUUUGAGCAAGAAGGAAACCGUGUCAUUUCUGUUGAGGAAUUAGCACAGGAAAUGAAUUUGGGUCCUGCGGCUUACGCUUUUCUCAAGGAUUGCAUCAGACCAUCCGAUAGAAAAUUGAGUUUCCUUGGGUAUACCAAAUUUUUGCAUGGUGUGACUGUUCGUAGUUCAAGCACAAGACAUCAUCGAUAACAUGGCUGUGUGGAGCACACAAGUUGCUCCAAAGAGAGAACAAGAGAGUAUAAUUUCUAUUCUUUCCCCUUUUUUUUUCUUGUGCAGAAAUAGGAAGUGUUAAACUAUCUGUUAUCAAUGAUAUUUCAUUUACGUUGCGAGGAUACGAUCUUUAUUCUUUAAUAACUAGUGAUUUGGAUUUUGGA